GCGGGCUGCUGGCCGGAAGUGGGGUGUUUGUGGUUGCGCUGAGGGGACUUCGGCGGGGAGGUGAGGAGCUGCUGCUUCCCGCGGUUGCGGGCUCCGGGCGAGGCUGUCCCCUCCGCCGGGUAUUUUCAUCUGGCAAAAAUGGGUGAACCUCAACAAGUGAGUGCCCUUCCUCCACCUCCAAUGCAAUAUAUAAAAGAAUAUACUGAUGAAAAUAUCCGUAAAGGCCUGGCUCCAAAGCCGCCUCCACCUGUGAAAGACAGUUACAUGAUGUUUGGUAAUCAGUUUCAAUGUGAUGAUCUGAUUAUUCGACCCUUGGAGAGCCAGGGAAUUGAACGGCUACAUCCUAUGCAGUUUGAUCAUAAGAAGGAAUUACGAAAACUUAAUAUGUCUAUCCUGGUCAACUUUUUGGACCUCUUGGAUAUCUUGAUAAGGAGUCCAGGGAGUAUAAAGCGAGAGGAGAAAUUGGAAGACUUGAAACUGCUUUUUGUUCAUGUUCAUCAUCUUAUAAAUGAGUAUCGCCCUCACCAAGCUAGGGAGACACUGAGAGUCAUGAUGGAGGUGCAGAAACGUCAGCGUUUGGAAACGGCAGAGCGAUUUCAGAAGCACUUGGAGCGAGUUGUAGAGAUGAUUCAGAACUGCCUGGCUUCCUUGCCUGAUGAUCUGCCACAUUCAGAGGGAGGACUGAGAGUGAAGGUGGAAACAAUGGAUGCUGAUGAUGGCAGCAGCUGUACUGGACAGAACGAAAAACAAAGAGAACGUUCCGGUGGCAGGAGAGAUCAGGUUUUAGACAAAGAUGCAGCUAUGUGUAGCAUUAUUGAUGAAAUGACAUGAAGAAAACACUUUUUUGUGUUAGCUUGCUGUAGUGAGAGGCAGAAUGCAUUCUGAGGAUAUAUGUUGCAUUUUGUUUUGCUGCUGUACAAGCAGACAAGCUUUGUUGUCCAAACAGAUGAAAAUGUUUAAUUAUUUUGUGAGCUGUGUGUUUAUUGGUAGAAACAAAAAAAAAUACUUGUUAUUAAAUGUAUCAUGUGAGCUGGUAGCCACAGAUUAAAUUUAGUUUUUUCUGUUGUACUUUCAUUUGUCACUUUCUGCUUUUUUUUGGUAUGUUUCACGUUUUAAUUGCUUUAUAGUGUGGAAGCAAGUAAGAGAUCUGACCGAGAGGAAUUGCAGUUGGCAGUUCCUCCAUUUCAAAUAAGUGCUAGUUUUUUACAAUUUCAGGGAGUCCUUUCAGGAAUGUGUAAUUCGAUAUUAAAAUCAGUGUGAAGUCUGCAAAAUUGAUUCCUUUCUAGUUUUGUAAUAAUACAACUGUACUAAAGAGAACCUAGAAGUUCCUUUAUUACUGAUGUAAUGUGCUGUAAUUUGCUUUAUAGAGACACACUGUCAGGAAGCUCAGUAACUAAAUGAAUUAAAAUUAAUUGGAUUUUAAUUUUCUUAGAUGUAAAUCAUAACUAGUCUUGAGCUUACAAAAAUGCCUACUUUUUUUUAACAAAUAGAUGCUUAGACUAACUUGCAUUUCCUGCAUGGUUAAUAUACGUGCAUGAAAUGAAUCAUUUUGCAGUGCAGAUACUUUGUAUUUGCCUUUUAGGUGAGCUCUGUACCCAGCUGAGUGUUUUUCUCAGGAAGGAGAGUCUGAUUGGUUAAUUAGCCUUUAUACUAAUUAGGACCUUCUAAGUUUGAAAGAACCUGCAAGUAUUCCAUCAAGUGGAAGCCAUUUGAGUUGGAUUAACCCACAUAGCAAGAUGAAAAGAGUAAUUGGAUAGUGAAGUGACUUCUUUACCCUGCCCCUCCUACUUUUGUCUUUCUGCCAUGUAACACCGUAGUACGUGUGUUUUCUAAAGAAUGUACAGCAGUUAAAAAACAGGUCAACGUCACGUGUGAGACAACUUGCACAAACUCUGUUUUUAACUAUGAUUUAACAAGCUGUGUCCCUGUUUCACUUUGCAAUUCUGUUGUUUUCAGAAAUGUUACUUAAAUGGGCAGGCAAAAGUACUCAGUUGUUGGGUGGUGGGUAUUGAGCUCAGUGCAGAUGAAGAUGAAAUGAACUGGAGCAAGCCUGUGACUCACUGGAGGACAUCAUCUGCUAUUUUAAGCGUGCGUGACUGUAAGUAACAAUAAAGAAGUAGAAACAUG